CGUCAUCACGUCAGGAGUUGGUAAUGAGUGGGCAAGGAAGCAGCUGGAAUGGCUGUUUUCGAACUCGUGAAAAAGAUGAAAGACGUAGACGCGUAUAGAAUAUUCUUUGUAUGUAGUAUAUAGGGUAAAGAGUUUCGGCGGCUCAGAGUUUAAGACAACGGAUUAUUUUGGUUGUUUAUUAUUCACUGUGAAAUCUAGCUAGCCUGCUAACCUACGUUGUUAUCUUGUCGGUAGAGAGGAUGCUGAUGUCGGAAACGGUGACUGUGGUAAUUUCGUCUAUUCAGUGUGUUUGAAACAAGUUUACUUCUGCGGAAUACAUGCCUUCCUUCUGCGAUCGAAGUCGUAAUUGCUGACACGACUAAGCGGUUGUGGAGACAGAUGUGAAACCAUAUUUGCCAGCGACAAAAUUUAAAGGGACGAGGAAACACGAGGGCGACCAGAAUAAACCUGUUCGUGGUCGGACGGUGUCAUAUGAAACUUUAAAUUGUACAUCUAAAAUGUUAAUGAAAAAGUUUGUUACCUCGGGAAUAUUCGCAAUUUAUAGAUGAUGUAACUAUUUAGAAAACGUUGAAGCAACUAACUGAAGCAUAUGGACGUUGUCACCUGAAAACGACUUAUCUCACAAGCAGGUGAAACAAACAGCUUUCUUAUUAUCGCAAGUGUCGCUCAGAUCACGAUGUUUAAAAACUCAAUGCAUGACAGUCCUAUUUGACAAUUGACAUAAAUUAACCGCAACGUUUAUCAGUGGCGUAAACUUGCUAUUUCACUUUCUAAAUGUAAUGGGAAGAGCCAGACAGCUGUAGGUGACCAGCGGAGUGCCGCUUUUGACCACCAUGAGAUUUGCUUCAACUCGCCUAAGUUGCUUAAACGUAGUUAGAGAAGCCUUUCGUCAAAUAUUGUUGUCUGUGUGCUUUUGGAAUAUUUGAUAUUGAAGCAGUCACAUGAUCUUAAAAGCUGAGAAAAUGCUGUUUGGAGAUGAUGUGUUCCAGCACACCGAAGACAAGUUCCCGGAAAGGAGAGCAUCUCACCUGCAAAUAAGCGUAUACUAGUCCACCUGUUCUUUGCUUCACUGGGAUCCAUGUGCUGUCAAACCAAAACGAAGACCGUGGUACGAAGACUCGACGGUUGGCGCGGAAACCAGACAUUGACUUUUCCGGUCGUGGUUUAGUGACCCGUUUUUACGUCUUGUUGACCUCCCUACCAUGGUAGAUAAUGGGGUGAGAAUGAUGUCCCGCCCUGGGGAUGGGGGUGGUCCAGGUGGCAUGCUCUCCGCAGCUUCAUCUCUGAACUCAUCCUCGUCAGCUGGCUCUACGCCAGCCUCAGACAACCAAGGCUGCAAGAAUGGUGCAUUGAUGGACUCUUUUGGCAUCUUCCUGCAAGGGCUCCUUGGAGUUGUGGCCUUCAGCACCCUGAUGUUGAAACGCUUCAGGGAACCCAAGCAUGAGCGAAGACCGUGGAGGAUCUGGUUCCUGGAUACCUCCAAGCAGGCCAUCGGAAUGCUGUUCAUCCACUUUGCUAACGUGUACCUGUCCGACCUCACCGAGGAGGACCCCUGCUCACUGUACCUCAUCAACUUCCUGCUGGAUGCAUCCCUGGGCAUGCUGCUGAUCUACGGCGGCGUGCGGGCGGUCAGCGUGCUGGUGGAGUGGCGGCAGUGGGACUCGCUGCGAUUCGGGGAGUACGGUGAACCGGCUCAGUGCUCCGCAUGGGUGGGCCAGUGUGCCCUCUACAUCAUCAUCAUGAUGUUUGAGAAGGUCCUCAUCAUCCUGGUGUUGCUGAUGCCUCAAUGGAAGCAGCUAACCCUUCUGAACCCAAUACGUAACCCGGAGCUGGAGCUGGCCAUCGUCAUGCUCAUCGUGCCCUUCUUCGUAAACGCCCUUAUGUUUUGGGUGGUGGACAACUUCCUGAUGAAGAAGAGCAGGACAAAAGCCAAGCUGGAGGAGAGGGGGAGCGGAGACGACUCGCGCGGCAGCAGCAAGGUGCGCUAUAGGAGGGCGCUCUCCCAUGAGGAGUCGGAGUCAGAGAUCCUGAUCUCAGCUGACGAUGAGAUGGACGACUCGGAUGUGGAAGAGGACACGCGGCGGCUGACCAACCUCAAGCCAGUCAAGAAGAAGAAGCACCGUUUAGGGCUUCCUGUCUGAGCCCUGCUGGCUGCUCCCAGACUUCCCCUUGACUCCCAAACUUGGUGGAAACCGUAGCCUUUUAAAAUACAAACUUAUUCCUCUAACAGAUCGUCCCGAGGAGGUUGUGUUGAGGACUGCUGAUGAUCAGCACUCCUCGUUCUCCAGCUGCUAAAACGGAGCUGAAACAGGACAUGCCAUCAGUGCAGUGAAAACGUAGAAGCGGAGAAGAUAAGGACCAUUCAGAAUGUGCUGUUACUCUGAAGCUCGCUGGUGUCUGAGCGGGGCACUACAUUUGCCUUAAUGUCGAGUGUUCUUAUAGAAUUUGUAAACUAACUCCUGUGACUGUUUUGAGUGAUUGCUUUUGGCGUGUCCCCCUGAGUUUUCCUGGGUCUGGGGUCUUUCAAAGAGCCUGUGUAUUAGACUGUGACAAGACUGUAGUUAAAAGGGAAAGGGGGUGAUUAAAACUUCCCUGAAAUCCUUGCACUUUUCCUUAAUCUUAGAGAGAGUAUAAAAGUCUGACAUUCUGCUUUUUCCCAUCCAAAGGGAGCCCCCACAGCCAUCAUGCACGGGUAUUUAUUUGCUCACUCUGACAUUUGAUCCCUUAUGUUGUUGUUUUUUUUUUUUUUUCUUUUGCAUCCUGGGUGUGUUUCAUUCUAAGUCAUGCGCUGAGGAAAUGGUAUAUCCCUUACUCAUCCUUUUAGAGUAACUGAUCCACGUGUCAACAAUGUAGCAGAGUCAGUAACUCAUGAAUAUGAACAGUCUCAUCAGUAGGAUACUCUAGGUCUGGUUUCAUUUCCCAGCAGACAGGCUCUAAUAGAGCCUAGACACUAAAAUGGAAAUGGCCAGGUGACACGGUGGAGAAGCUCGCACCAGAUAAAAUGCAGUGAUUUUUUUUUUUAUAUAUAUAUAUAUUUUUUAAGAUAGGUCAUCUAACGCCCAAAACUGCAAAGGUCAUGUAUGGAUUUGCUGGCUGUUUACUUCUUGGACUUGCAGGGGUAGUCUGGCUGAGGGUCAGUGUCAGCUAGGGGUCAGAGGUCAUGGUGGACUACUGUCCGCUCAGCACGGCUGGAGAGUGGCCGUGCAGCUGCUUUCCUGUAGACAGGCCCCGCCCUUCCUUCGUCUGAUUGCUGUUGAAUGUCGGUGUCACCCUGAGUAGAGCUUGUGGUGCUUUUUGUGUCGUCUCGUUUUGUUAUAUUUGCCAAACUGUGAGAGAUUCCGAGGCUUGCACCCUCUGGCCCAGAAAACUUCCAGUUCCAGUUCUUACCUCCAGCAGAGGGCGAUCAUGACCCAAAUGUGAUACUGUCUCCUUUUGCACCCCCACCCCCAACAGCUGGAUGCCCAUGUGUCAGGGUGACUUGCGCUUUGCAGGAGUGUGUGUGUGCACUGCCCUUUUUGUGGGGCGUUUGCACAGGCUGCAUGGGUUUAAUCCUGCUGCCUUAAUUGGCGUUUAAACACAUAUUCAAAGAGGUGAGGUCAUUUACAGGCCCGUCUUAAUGGGGUAUAAAUCCAGGUGGCCAAAGGGAGGAAAAGCUCAGGCAAGACUAAUGCAUGUCACUGUAGUGAUGUCACCCCGCAGGGAUCCGCUGUGUCAGAAAUGGCACCGAGGUCUUGCUCUCAUUGGCUGUGCCGCUUUUGGGGGCGGAUAUAGCUGAUGGUAUUAGUUUGACACGUUCUGUGCAGAAGAAUAUUCUCUGCAUGAGUGGUGAGCAGGGGCAGGUAUGUGUGUAUCCACUGGUAACGUGUGUAUCCACUGGUAACAUGUGUAUCCACACAGUCAUGCGAAGUGUGGCAGGAUGAGUGGACAUGGGGCCUGUUUGGGAUUGUUUUGUCCCAUUCCCUUUAACGGGACAUCAUAUCUAAAAACACUAACACACCAUCCAGACCUGUUCUUCCUUUGUUGUGGUUAAACUGUAUUAAAGGGACCAUGUUUCUUACGUCAUCCAUGUUAACCUUAAGGACUGUACUCAAUGAGAGCAAGGUCUGCUGCAGGUCAGAUCAAAGGACCAAAAGGGUUUUGUGGGGAUCAUCAUGAUUUCAAAAAAUUGGACUCAUGUACUUGCAAACCAAUUUACAAUAAAGUUUCUAUAACAUUGAAUCAUCUAGCAA